AGAGAAGUGGUCUUUAUUUUGUUUUGUUUUUGGUUUUUUUGGUUUGAAGAGUUUUAUUGUUUUUUGCUUUUGAUCCCUCUGUUUCAAAAGAGGGGAAGGAGAAGAUAUGGAGAGCGUUUUAACAUGGUGGCAAGUGACGAGUUUGUGUGGAAUUGUUUCGUGGAUUUUGGUAGCUUCUCAUUUGAAUUUGACAAAAAAGAUUAGAUCUCUGGUGCAAUUUUGGGUGACCCGUCAGGUCAUCAAUGACACUCCUUUAAUUCUCCAGAUCCAGAAUUACCAGCAUAAAUUUUUGGAUGAUUUCUUCUCUGGGUUAUCUUGUGUUGUUUCAGUGCCUUUUUAUACAGCUUUUUUACCUUUUCUCUUCUGGAGUGGUCAUGGAAAAUUGGCAAGACAGAUGACUCUUUUGAUGGCCUUUUGUGAUUAUUUAGGGAAUGCUGUAAAGGAUGUGGUUUCAGCUCCUAGACCUACUUCUCCACCUGUGAGGAGAAUAACAGCUACCAAAGAUGAGAAAGAGAAUGCAAUGGAAUAUGGAUUGCCUUCUUCUCAUACUCUUAACACAGUUUGCUUAUCCGGGUAUCUUGUGCACUAUAUCCUAUCUUAUUACCAACCUGACAAUGGCUUCAUAAAAUUUGCUGCAGUUGCCUUUGUUUGCUUGCUUGUAGGGCUUAUUGGUAUAGGAAGGAUUUACCUUGGCAUGCACAGUUUGAUUGAUAUCAUAGGUGGACUUGCAAUGGGAUUGUUGAUCCUUUCAUUUUGGCUUAAAGUUCAUGAAUACAUUGACAAUUUUAUAGUCUCUGGACAAAAUGUUACAUCAUUCUGGGCAGCCCUGAGCUUCUUGUUGCUCUUUGCCUAUCCAACACCUGAGUUUCCAACUCCAAGCUUUGAGUUCCAUACUGCCUUCAAUGGUGUUGCACUAGGAAUUGUUGCUGGAGUCCAGCAAACAUACUCGCAGUUCCACCAUGAAGCGGUGCCACGCCUCUUUACCUCAGAAUUCACGGGCCCUGUGUUCAUAGGAAGAAUUCUUGUGGGACUUCCAACAAUUCUUCUAGUUAAAUUCUGCAGUAAGGCGCUUGCAAAGUGGAUGCUUCCUGUAAUAUCACACACCUUAGGCGUCCCGAUAAAAUCAACCAGCUACAUUCCCAUGCUUAACGGAUCAGUUACUGGAAACAAGUCAGAUAAGAUUAAGCAGACUAGUUAUGCUCAUAAGUUAUUCUUUUUCUCUGGGCAGGAAACGUUCGAUGUUGAUACUGGUAUUAGAUUCCUUCAGUAUGCAGGACUAGCAUGGUCGGUCGUAGAUCUUGUUCCAUCGGUUUUCUCUCACUUGAGGUUAUAACAUUCAUCGAUCGAUCGAAUGCUCAAUGUAUUCUCGACCGAUGUUAUUGCACGAUAUUAGUAUACAUUUGA